AGAAGGCAAAGAGGAGGCAAUUGAACGUCAUCUGAGCGCUCUUAAAGUGAUAACUAGCGAAGUCGAUCAAUGUAAACGAACAGUCGAAGAGCUGAAACUUGCGGAUAAAACCGAUCUCGAAGGACUCGAAGCGAUCGCGGAAUUCGAGGCAUCUGUUGACGAGAGAAUCGAAGCGGCGGACGACGAAGUAACGCGAAUCAAGCAAAGGCUCCAAGGGAAGGAAGCAGAAAGAGAUGCCGCAGAGAAGAAAGGUAGGAUACGGUUUGAAAUGAAAUUACAUCAACAAAAGCUUGACGCAAACCCUGUACCAGCUCUAAAGAAUGAUAAAAAUGUAGACAAUGCCGAAUUGGUUAGCGCAAAACGUCCCAAGAUUGAGAUAACAAGAUUCAAUUGGUCGCCCCUUGAUUGGCCAAGAUUUUGGGGUCAGUUUACUGAGACUGUGGACAAACGUUGCGUAGCGCCGGUAAAUAAAUUGGCCUAUUUGUGUGCGUUUUUGUCGCCCAAAGUUAAAACUUUCAUCGAAGGCUUACCUUUCGACCCCGAGGGUUAUAAUCGCGCCAAAGCCAUACUUCAAAAUAGGUAUGGCAAGAAUUCAGAAGUCAUUAAGGCUUACGUCCAACUAAUUAUGGAUCUGCCAACUAUCAAUCAGGUUUACCUUAAGAAAAUACAUCAAUUUAACGAUCAGUUGAUGCAUGCUGUCCAAGCGCUUCAAACCUUAAAGAAAUUAGAGACGGUGAAUGGUUAUGUACCCAUGACCUUGGAUAAACUUCAAGCGAUCAGGGGGGAUUUAGUGCGCACAGACCCAGAUUGGGAAGACUGGGACUUCUCAAAAUUAUCCGAAGCUCUCCGAUUAUGGGCACGAAGAAAUCCGAUCGUUGAAACAAAUGAAAGGGAUGAAAAUCAAGAAAGUUGCUUUUCUCGAAAGCGCCAGAGCGUACGUGUGCAUAUUGCGAGGGAAGAGACCACAAAACCGUUUCGUGUAGCAAAAUUACUGACGUUAGUGCUCGCAAGGAGAUUUUAGCGAAGAAAAAACGUUGUUUUAACUGCGCAGCCGGUAACCACAAAGCAGCGAACUGUCCAAGCAAGCGUUCAUGCCAAAACUGCGAAAAGAGACAUCAUACGUCCAUCUGUGAUACCAACUCGAAGGUCAACCUGAUGGGUAUGACAAGUAAAACCGGAAGCGAGGCUAUUCUUCAAGUCGUAGUCGUAAACGUCAACGGUGUAACAUGCAGAGCACUUAUAGAUUCUGGUGCAGGAAGCUCCUAUGCUUCUGCGAAAUUAAUAGAUGCCCUAAAACUAAAGCCCAUGGAAACAAAAACCACCCGAAUUGACAUGUUGAUGACGUCACAGGUUACCCAUCUCGAGGUUUAUAAAGUCAAGGUGCAAGCACUUGACUCUAAUUACGAACUCGAAACGAACUUGACGAAAGUAAAUAAGAGUCAGUUAUUAGUUGUCCAUAACCUCCAAUACAAGAAUCUUCUGCAGAAGUACCAGCAUCUGAACGAGGUGAAACUGAACGAGACCAAGAAAUCCCUUCCAAUCCACGUCGUCCUGGGAAGUGGAGAGUAUGCACGUGUCAAAACCCAAGAGAGACCACGAGUUGGAAACGAAGGAGAACCAAUAGCCGAGCUUACAAAACUGGGUUGGUUUGUGAUGAGUCCUGGUACCGAGUUCGACGAAGAAAAAAUGUUGUUGACCCAAACUUCCCAGGCUGAUUAUGAAGCCCUCUGUCGACUAGAUGUCCUUGGACUCGAAGAUAAAAGCGAGCACGACCAAUUGACAGUUUACGAAGAAUUCAAAGAGCAGUUGAACAGAUCACCUGAAGAUUGGUACGAGACGGGACUACCGUGGAGAGGGAACCAUCCACCCCUUAAGGACAACCGGGAAGGAAGUUUGCGACGGCUUACCGCUCUUCAAAACCGGUUGAAAAAACGAGAUCUCACAGAACCUUACGCCGCUGUGAUUGAAGACCAAAUCCAACAAGGAAUCGUCGAAGAAGCACCAACGCGAGUGAUGGGAGUCGAGUUCUAUAUACCCCACAAGGGAGUCAUCCGAGAAAGCGCUGCCACGACAUGACGAUAAAGCUCCGAGUGGUGUACGACGCGUCCACGAAACCAUUCCCACAAGAUCCUUCAUUGAACGAUUGCCUUAAUCCUGGACCACCCUUACAAAAUAAGAAGUAGGAAGUCCUCGUACGACAGCGAACUUUCCCUGUUGCUAUAACGGGAGACAUCACGAAAGCAUUCCUUCAGAUCCGCAUCAGAGAAACGGAACGAGAUGCACUACGGUUCCACUGGACGACAAAGAACGGAGAGUUACGGAUCCUUCGGUUUACUAGAGUUCUGUUUGGCCUCGUCUCAUCGCCAUUUCUUCUCGGGGGAGUCAUAGCUUCACACCUACAACAAUGGAAACGUGAACGACCUGAUGACGUAAAAGAACUAGAACGGUGUCUUUACGUUGAUGACAUCAUAAGUGGAGGGGAAUCUGUGGAACAAGCGAAAGCUCGGAAAGAGCUGCCAACCGUUAUUCUCGAAGACGCAACCUUCAAACUCCAUAAAUGGGCUUCGAACGUAAGUGCACUUGAAGACAACGAUGAUGAGUUCGAAAAUAAAAUAUUGAUUGAUUGAAGUAAUCGAAGACCAAACAGCUGCGAAGAAACAACUGGCAGUAAAUCCACAAGAAUCCAAGAUCCUCGGAUUGCCGUGGAACAAAGUAAGCGACACACUAAGUGCUCUGUUUCUAAACGAAGAGAGCAAGACGCCAACCAAACGAGAAAUAUUAAGUAGACUCGCGAAGACCUACGAUCCACUAGGGCUUGCAUCUCCUAUUACCUUACAAGGAAAAUUGAUCUAUCGUGGGAUGCAGAACUCGAAGGUAAUCUACGAAGACGAUGGUUGUCAUGGGAACAAUCAAUGCCCUUAUCUGUGA